AUGGGUUUCAACACCGAGCUCACGCGCCGUCUGGGCAUCAAAGUCCCUGUAAUCCAAGGUGGAAUGCAAUGGGUCGGGUACGCCGAACUUGCCUCUGCGGUGUCAAAUGCUGGCGGAUUAGGCAUUCUUACUGCCCUUACUCAACCCACUCCCGAAGACCUGCGCAAGGAGAUCCGAAAGUGCAAAACCCUGACCAAGAACCCCUUUGGUGUCAAUAUCACCCUGCUACCGACCCUCAACCCUCCUCCGUAUCUCGAAUAUACUCAGGUUAUCAUCGAUGAGGGUAUAAAGAUAGUAGAGACCGCAGGCAACUCCCCCGGCCCGGUUAUCAAGAAGCUGAAAGAAGCCGGCAUUACUGUCCUCCACAAAUGCACCACAAUCCGACACGCUCAGUCAGCCAUCAAGUUGGGAGUGGACUUUCUUUCCAUCGAUGGGUUCGAGUGCGCCGGUCACGUGGGAGAGUCGGACAUUACCAACUUCAUCCUGCUGUCCCGAGCGAGGCAAUCACUCAAGGUCCCGUUUAUUGCCUCGGGCGGCUUUGCUGAUGGCCAGGGGUUGGCGGCUGCUCUGGCUCUGGGGGCAGAAGGCAUCAAUAUGGGAACCCGGUUUAUGUGUACGGUAGAGGCGCCGAUCCAUGACAAGAUCAAACAGACAAUCGUGGAAGCUUCAGAACAUGAUACCCAGCUGGUCAUGAGAAGAUGGACCAACACUUCCAGGCUAUACAAGAACAAGGCUGCGGUGGAUGCCUACAAUAUCGAGAAGACCAGUCCCACGGGCAAGUUCGAAGAAAUAGCACCAUAUGUGUCCGGCCAGCGAGGGCGACAGGUCUUCAUCAACGGCGACAAGGACUUUGGAGUGUGGACGGCGGGGCAAGUGAUUGGUCUGAUUCACGAUGUUCCCACCUGCGCUGAGCUCCUCUCGAGGCUGGAGAAGGAGGCGGUGGAAGCAAUCGAGAGAUCUCAGAAGCUCUAUCAGCCUCAGAGCAAGCUGUGA